AUGUCUUGUCUCUCGCAGGUGCUCGAACGCUGCCUGAGGGCACUGACUGCCGCUGCAGCAGUCCUUGUUAUCGUUGGCGCACCGACAGCUUUCCUCCUAUGCCAGCACAGCCGGCUCGGCCGCAAAGUCCGCCACUCCUCGUCAACAGGCUCGCUCGCAGCUCUACCGCUCCAGAAUAUCAAGUCAAUGCCAGUGUCCAGCCACAAUAAGGAUGCCGCCAGCGAAACUCGCGCUAUCUACGACGUGGCCUCCCUCUCCACAGCGAGCAUCAACGUAUCUCCCUCGCUCUCCGAGGACGAGAUACUCACUCGGUAUCUACGACGGAAUAUGACUGCCUUUUCCCGCAUGCCGCAGGCCUACGCACUGAGCCUCACGUGCGAUCAGUAUGCCCGCAAAAGCUUCAAGGCAUCACAUAUUCAAAGGCUCAAUUUCGAGCCGGGUGACAUUGUGUGCGGCGGGUAUAAGGUUGCACUUCGAGAGCAAGACAGGGUUGAAUUUGCAAUGGAACUAAACGAAAUACGGGGCCGAUUAGUGACCACCUUUGAAAGAAAGGAAGACCAGAUUAUCUUUACCACGCAAACUUUGAUGUGGCUACCCAGUCAUAUUACAACACCGAUGCCUUUGGAAAAUCCGAUCUUGAAAUUCGCUCAUGAGCUUACGUCUUGGUGGAUGUUGGAGGCUGGCCUUUUAUAUAUCACGGACUAUACCCCUAUCUGA